AUGCUGUCCAGAUCUAUCAGUACUGUACUAAGAUCAGCACCCCAGGCUCUUGCUGCUCAACGUACAGCAGUAACUGCUGCAAAGCCUCAACCGGAUAUAGGACAAAAGCUGAAGGUUACUAUCAUUCCUGGUGAUGGAGUUGGACCAGAGCUUCUGUAUGUAGUUCAAGAUAUUGUUAAGAACACUGGAAUACCACUCGAGUUUGAAGAGGUCUUUCUCUCUGAAGUCCAUUAUUCCCGUUCUGCCUCAAUCGAAAACGCUAAAGAAGCAAUCGCUCGCAAUAAUAAUGUUGCUUUGAAAGGAGCUAUUGAGGAAUCUGCCAUGAUCCACACCGAAGGUGAGCUGCAAGGACUUAACAUGCGUCUACGACGUGAGCUUGAUCUAUUCGCCAACGUUGUGCAGAUUAAGGCUCUGGAUGGUAUUAAAACUCGUCAUGGUAAACCUCUCGAUUUCGUCAUUGUUCGUGAACAAACAGAAGGCGAAUACUCGAGUCUUGAACAUGAACUCGUGCCAGGAGUGAUUGAAUGCUUGAAGAUUUCUACAAGACCGAAAUGUGAACGAAUUGCUAAAUACGCUUUCGAUUAUGCCACCAAAUAUGGUCGUAAAAAGGUUACGGCUGUACACAAGGCAAACAUUAUGAAGUUAGGAGAUGGACUUUUCCUCAGAACUUGUCAAGAAGUUGCCAAACGCUAUCCGAAGAUACAGUUUGAUUCUAUGAUUGUCGAUAACACUUGCAUGCAAAUGGUGAGUAAUCCGGAGCAAUUUGAUGUACUUGUGAUGCCAAACUUGUACGGAAACAUAAUAGAUAACUUGGCCGCAGGUUUGGUUGGAGGUGCUGGAGUUGUGACCGGGCAAUCCGUGGGAAGUGACUUUGUGAUUUUUGAGCCUGGAUGUCGUCACUCCUUCCAACAGGCUUUUGGAAGAAAUAUUGCUAAUCCAACAGCCAUGAUUCUCUGCACUGCAAAUAUGCUCGAUCAUCUUCAUUUGACUGACCAUGGAAACGCUUUGAGGAAAGCUGUUGAAAAUGUGAUCAGAGAGAAAAGAGUGCGCACCCGCGAUUUGGGAGGAUACAACACAACCAUUGAGUUUGCUGAUGCCGUUAUUCAGAAGUACAACAUCUGA